AUGAGCGGGUAUACGGAGCUGGACGUAUCACUCGAGCCGGAGUUGUUGAACUCGCUAAAUGACAUACAUUCGCUUGUACCGGACGAUCUGGCCUCCCGUCUGACCUCCGCUUUGGAGUCCUCCCCGCCCUCCGGGAAAACGCGGACCAUCCCAUACCCACUCCUGCUCGAUGUGUCCAAAUGGACGCGCACGGACUCUGGAAGAGAAGCUCUCUCAAAGGAUUCUUUACGAGAAGCCGACUAUACGAUGAUCUCUUUGCUCGCCGGUACCCGCACGGCUCCCAAUCGACGAUUUCCACUUCCUCCGAAGCCUGAACUUGACGGCAGGCGAGAACUCAACGACAGGCGUGCGAUUACGACCGUCAUCAACUCAUUGUUGAGCGUUUUCGGUGCGGGAUGGGCCGCCUGGCUAGCCGCUGGACAUGUUGGGUGGAAGGAUGAAUGGAGAGUUGUGCUCGGUCUAAUCGUGUCCAGCGUAGUGGCUGCCGCAGAGCUUGGUCUCUACCUCAUAUGGGAAACUCGUGCUCGUCGGCCCGCUAAGCCGUCUACGACUCGGCCGGUGCCUUCGCGAGAUACGGCUGCUCGGGGCAAGAAGAUUGACGAUGAUGCGCAGGCCGACGAGUCACUGCGCGACGACUCGUCUCAGCCAGAAGGAGUAUCAUCUGCCAUUGCUGGACCAAAUCUUCGCCAACGCCCGGCUCCUUCGUGA